AUGAUCUUUGACAAAGAAAAGCGCGAGAUAAAGCUGUGCUCAUUUGGGACGAUUUCGCUCAAAAAGGCAGUCGUUCUUAGCGAAAUGUAUUUCAGGGACGUACGCUUGAGAAACCAGGUAAGCGCUCGGGCUGAAGAGGCCGAACGCAUGUUGCAGCAUGGCGGUAAACGUAACGAUCGAGGUUCUCCAUUUGUGGAUGAGUUUGAAGUUGCUGCUGAUCUGAUGGGACUUGUCAUUGGUAUCCACGGAUCAAACAUAAAGAGAGCCAGAAAAGUCGAAGAUGUGGACGACAUUCAAGUAUUUGAAGCAGCUGCUGCUCAAAAAGCGCGAGCACAGCUUGACUUUGGUGUCGAAUGUGUGCACGUGCCGAGAUUUCUCGUAGGAAAAUUGAUUGGAAAGAAUGGAAAAUACAUCCAGGAAAUAGUAGAUAAAUCCGGUGUAGUGCGAGUUCGGAUUGCAGGAAAGCACGAUGGCACUAUGGAUUCGGUACCCUUUACUUUCACUGGAACCAGAGAGUCAACAUCGAUGGCCUCAUUCUUGGUAGACUUCCAAAUCAAUCAUCUCAAGGAAACCGAAGGAUUACGCAGCAAUAUCGAAGAUAUGAUGAGGCAGGCCUACGGCAAUAGCACUUAUCAACGCAAUGGCUAUGGUGACAGGCCCGUAGGACGCCGCGGACGUGGUAGAGGUGGCUAUUGCAACUGUAGUCAAAAUGGUGGCUCUGCCAAUGGAAGUUUAAGAAGCGUAGGAAAACCUUGGAGAGGUGAUGGCGCACUAGUGAUAAGGAAUGGUUUGGAACAGAAGAAGCAAAACAUAGGGAUGAUCAAACAGAAUCAGGAACGUCGUCAAGGGCGACAGCGCGGUGGAGGCAGUGGCUGUAAUGGAGAAAGAGGAAGUGCCGGACGAAGGCGCGUACGCGCUGGAUUCAACGGGAAUGGGGCUUAA